UCUCUCCCGCUCCUCCGGCGUCUCACUGGUUCUCGUCGGCUCGGUUUGGUUCCCGGGAGGAGGCGGCCUGAUGUUCCCAGGUCCCCUCCCCUGAGUGGCCACAGCCCUUGGGGCCUGGCCAUGGCCUCUGCCCAGGGCCAUGGCCACUGGGCACUGGUGGCCCUCGUGGCCGUGGCCCUGCUGUGGCCCCUGGCCCCGCAGACCCAGGCUGGUGACUGCAAGGGCCAGAGACAGGUGCUGCGGGAGGCCCCGGGCUACGUAUCCGAUGGGGCAGGAAACUACAGCGUCAACGGGAACUGCGAGUGGCUCAUUGAGGCCCCCAGCUCCCAACACCGCAUCCUCCUGGAUUUCCUGUUCCUGGAUACGGAGUGUACCUAUGACUAUCUCUUUGUGUAUGAUGGGGACUCGCCUCGGGGACCCCUGCUAGCCAGCCUCAGCGGCAGCACCCGCCCCCCACGCAUUGAGGCCUCCUCUGGCAAGAUGCUCCUUCACCUCUUCUCUGAUGCCAACUACAACCUGUUGGGCUUCAACGCCUCCUUCUCCUUCUCACUGUGCCCUGGUGGCUGUUCAGGCCGGGGCCUGUGUGAGCCCUCCGGCCUGUGUACCUGUGACCCUGGGUGGGGUGGCCCCGCCUGUGCCCGCCAGGACUGCUCUGCCUACUGCCGAGAGCAUGGCACCUGUGCCUCGGAGGCAGGCCCCUGCCGCUGUGAGCCGGGCUUCCUGGGCCGUGCCUGUGACCUGCGGCUGUGGGAGAACCAGGGGGCCGGCCGGUGGCACAAUGUCAGUGCCGAGGAUGCCACCUUCCCAGCCCGCGUCGGGGCUGCUGGCGCCUUCCUCUCGCCUCCGGGGCUGCUUGCUGUCUUUGGAGGUCAGGACCUGAACUCAGCACUGGGCGACCUCGUUUUGUACAACUUCUCUGCCAACGCCUGGGAGCGGUGGGAUCUCAGCCCGGGCCCGGCCGCCCGACAUUCCCAUGUGGCCGUGGCUUGGGCUGGCUCCCUGGUGCUCAUGGGAGGGGAGUUGGCCGAUGGCUCUCUGACCAGCGACGUGUGGGCCUUCACCCCGAGGGCUGGGGGCCACUGGGAGCUGCUGGCCCCCCCCUCCUCGGGGCCCCCAGGCCUGGCCGGACAUGCUGCUGCCCUGGUGGACGACUCCUGGCUGUACAUCUUUGGGGGCCGCACGCAGCAUGACCUCUUCUCUUCAGGCCUCUUCCGCUUCCGCCUGGAGGGCCCUGGGGGGGGCCGGGGCCGCUGGGAGGAGGUGCGGCCAGCUGGUGGCCGGCCCCCCGCUGCCACUGGUCAUUCCAUGAUCUUCCACCCACCAUCCCGGGCUCUGCUGGUCUAUGGGGGCCACAGGCCUUCCACAGCCCGGUUCUCUGUACGGGUGAACUCUACCGAGCUCUUCCAUGUGGACCUGCGGGUGUGGACCUCCCUGCGUGGCCGAGAUGGUCAGCGGGGGCCCCGGGAGCGAGCCUUCCACACGGCCAGUGUCCUUGGCAACUACAUGGUGGUCUAUGGAGGCAAUGUGCAUACUCACUACCAGGAGGAGAAGUGUUAUGAGGAUGGCAUCUUUUUCUACCAUCUUGGCUGCCAUCAGUGGGUGUCAGGAGCUGAGCUGGCCCCUCCAGGGACCCCCGAAGGCCGGGCAGCACCCCCUGGGGGCCGGUACUCCCAUGUGGCAGCUGUGCUAGGCGGCAGUGUCCUGCUGGUGGCUGGCGGGUACAGCGGGCGGCCCCGAGGGGACCUGAUGGCCUACAAGGUGCCCCCCUUCGUGUUCCAGGCGCCAGCCCCAGAUUACCACCUGGAUUACUGCUCUAUGUACACGGAGCACAGUGUCUGUGCCAGGGACCCUGAGUGCAGCUGGUGCCAAGGAUCCUGCCAGGCUGCCCCGCCCCCUGGGAGCCCCCCUGGAGCUUGCCCAGCAGCUGGCUGCCUAGGCCUGGCCCGCCUUCUGGGUGACUGCCAGGCCUGCCUGGCAUUUAGUGGCGCCGUUCCUCCACCUCGUGGGCCUGGGGCCCUGGGCUGGUGUGUCCACAAUGAGAGCUGCCUCCCCCGGCCUGAGCAGGCUCGAUGCCGAGGGGAACAGAUUUCUGGCACCGUGGGCUGGUGGGGGGCAGCCCCUGUCUUUGUCACAACUCUCGAUGCCUGUGUUACUCAGAGUUUCCUGCCUGGCCUACACCUGCUCACCUUCCAGCAGCCCCCCAAUGCCUCCCAGCCUGACAAGGUGUCCAUUGUCCGUAGCACAACCAUCACUCUGUCACAGACAUCCAACACAGAGACAGAUGUGUCCCUUGUCUACCGGGGCUUCAUCCACCCACUGUUGCCUGGGGGCCCUGGAGGCUCGGGGGCUGAUGAUGUCAUCGUGUGGGCCCGGGCCCAGAGGUUGAGGGUCCUGGCACGAAUGGCACGGGGACCUGAUAGCCAGCACAUGGAGGAGGUGGGGCGCUGGGUAGCCCAGCAGGACAAGGAGAUACGGAGGCUCCAGCGCCCUGGCUCGGCUCGCCUCUUCCCCCUCCCUGGCCGUGGCCACAAGUAUGCUGUGGAGAUCCAGGGUCAGCUGAAUAGCUCUGCGGGGUCUGGGAAUAGCGAGCUCACCCUGCUGUGGGACCGCACCGGCGUACCAGGGGGCAGUGAGAUCUCCUUCUUCUUCCUGGAGCCCUUCCGCUCGUCAGCCUGUACGUCCUAUACCUCCUGCCUGGGCUGCCUGGCAGACCAGGGCUGUGGCUGGUGCCCGCUCAGCUCCUCUUGCCUCCUUCGUCAAGAUGGCGCCCGCUGCAGUGGCGGCGGGGCCCUGCUAGUGCUGGCUCCGGCCCUCUGCCCACUCUGUGAGGAGCACCGUGACUGCCAUGCUUGUGCCCAGGAUCCUUUCUGUGAGUGGCAGCAGAGUCUGAGCCGGAAGGGAGAUGCCACCUGCAGCCGCCGAGGCCGGGCUGGGUCCGCUGUGAGGAGCCCUUCUAACUGCCCCCCGCUCUGUAACCAGCGACACUCGUGUGAGACGUGCCUAGCCAACUCGAGCCAGUGUGCCUGGUGCCAGUCUACGCAGACCUGCUUCCUCUUUGCUGCCUACCUUGCCCGCUAUCCUCAUGGGGGUUGCAGGGGCUGGGAUGACAGCGUCCACUCAGAGCCACGAUGUAUGAGCUGUGCACGUUUCCUCUCCUGCCAUGAUUGCCUGCAGAGCCAUGAGUGUGGCUGGUGCGGGAAUGAGGACAACCCAACCCUGGGCAGGUGCCUCCCAGGAGACUUCUCAGGACCGAUGGGAGGUGGUCCCUGCUCCCUGGGAGCUGAGGAGGGACUGCCUCCAGGGCUUCCUGCUCACUGGUCAUAUGCCCAGUGCCCAGAUGUGGAUGAGUGCCGCCUGGGCUUGGCACGGUGCCACCCACUGGCAUCCUGCCUGAACACACCAAUCAGCUAUGAAUGUCAUUGUGGGCAUGGUUACCAUGGUGAUGGGGUCACCCACUGCAACCAGACGUGCCUGGAGGACUGUGGCCAUGGCACAUGUAGUGGCCCCCCCGACUUUACCUGUGUGUGUGACCUGGGCUGGACCUCGGAUCCCCCCCUGCCCACGCCUGCCCCAGGGCCUCCUGCCCCUCUUUGUUCCCGAGACUGUGGCUGUAACUUCCAUAGCUACUGCUACACCCAGGGGCCAGGCAUCUGUGAUGAGUGUCAGGACUGGACUUGGGGUGAGCAGUGUGAGCGGUGUAGGCCAGGCAGCUUUGGUAAUGCCACGGGGCCCGGUGGCUGUCAGCCCUGUCAAUGCAAUGGGCAUGGGGACCCCCAGCAGGGCCGCUGCGAUGGCCACACGGGGCUGUGCUUCUGCCAAGACCACACUGAGGGGGCCCACUGUGAGCUCUGUGCGACCGGCUACUAUGGGGACCCUCGGGCCGGGGGCUCUUGUUUCCGGGAGUGUGGGGGCAGAGCCCUCCUCACCAAUGUGUCAUCUGUGGCAUUGGGCUCCCGCCGAGCAGGGGGACCCCCCCAAGUGGGCAGUCAAGCUGGGCCCGGGCUGGCCUACUGUGUGUGGGUGGUGUCAGCCUCUGAAAACUUGGAGCCCUGCCCUCCUGGGAUUCCUUGUCCCCCACUGACCCUCACCUUCUCCCCAGACAGCAGCACCCCUUGCACGCUGAGCUAUGUCCUGGCCUUUGAUGGUUUCCCACGAUUCCUGGACACAGGCAUCGUGCAGUCUGACCGGAGCCUCAUUGCAGCUUUUUGUGGCCAGCGGCGGGACCGGCCCCUCACCGUGCAGGCACUCUCAGGGCUGCUGGUCCUACACUGGGAGGCGAACGGCUCAUCCUCAUGGGGUUUCAAUGCAUCCGUGGGUUCCGGCCGCUGUGAGAUGGGGGCAGGGGGCCCUGGGAGCUGCCCAGCCCCGCAGGAGUGUGUCCCUGAAGAAGCAGGAGGAGGUGGGGCCGGCCACUGCCGCUGCCCCCCAGGCUGGGCUGGCCCUGCCUGCACCCUGGCCCUGUGCCCUGGGAACUGCUCUGCCCACAUUGGGGGGGGCAUCUGUAACCAGAGCCUAGGACUGUGUGUCUGCUUUGAAGGUUUUGGGGGAGCAGACUGUGCCACACAUCUGGAUGGGGGGCAGCUUGUCUGGGAGACGCUCCUGGACAGCCGGCUUUCUGCUGACACAGCAAGCCGCUUCCUGCACCGUCUGGGCCACACCAUGGUUGAGGGGCCUGACUCUACCCUGUGGAUGUUCGGGGGUCUGGGCCUGCCUCAGGGGCUCUUGGGCAACCUGUACAGGUACUCAGUGGGGGAGCGGCGCUGGACCCAGAUGCUGGCUGGGUCCGAGGACGGGGGGCCUGGGCCUGCGCCCCGCGUGUUCCAUGCAUCUGCCUAUGUGCCCGCUGGCCGUGGCGCCAUGUACUUGCUGGGUGGCCUCACGGCGGCAGGGGUUGCCCGGGACUUCUGGGUCCUCAACCUCACCACCUUGCAGUGGCGUCAGGAGAAGACCCCGCAGGCCCUGCUGCUGCCUGCUGUGGCUGGCCACACGCUGACCUCCCGGCGAGGCUUGUCCCUGCUGCUUGUUGGGGGAUAUUCACCUGAAAAUGGUUUCAACCAACAACUCCUGGAGUAUCAGCUGACAACGGGAAUGUGGCUGGCCGGGCCCUCGAGUGGGACACCACCCACCGGCCUUUAUGGUCACUCGGCGGUCUACCACGAGGCCACAGACUCUCUGUAUGUCUUUGGCGGCUUCCGCUUUCAUGUUGAGCUGGCUGCCCCGUCCCCAGAGCUCUACUCCCUGCACUGCCCUGACCGCACCUGGAGCCUGCUGGCCCCUUCCCAGGGGGCAAAGCCCAGGCCCCGGCUGUUCCACGCAGCAGCCCUACUUGGGGACACCAUGGUGGUCCUGGGGGGCCGUUCGGAGCCGGACGAGUUCAGCAGCGAUGUCCUGUUGUACCAGGUCAACUGCAAUUCCUGGCUGCUGCCCAACCUGACCCGUCCAGCUUCCGUGGGGCCCCCAAUGGAGGAGUCCGUGGCCCACGCCGUGGCGGCUGUGGGGGGCCGCCUCUACAUCUCUGGGGGCUUUGGUGGGGUGGCCCUGGGGCGCCUGCUGUCUCUGAGCUUGCCUUCGGACCCCUGUCACCUGGUGCACUCCCCUGAGGCCUGUAAUGCCUCGGGUGCCUGCAGCUGGUGCCAUGGAGCAUGCCUGUCAGGAGACCAAGCCCACAGGUUGGGCUGCAGCGGUGCCUCCUGCUCCCCCAUGCCCCGUACGUCGGAGGAGUGUCGCCGCCUGCGCACCUGCAGCGAGUGCCUCGCCCGACACCCCCGCACCCUGAGACCGGGGGAAGGGGAGGAGGCCGCCCCGCCGCGGUGUAAGUGGUGCACCAACUGCCCGGAGGGCGCCUGCAUCGGCCGCAACGGCUCCUGCACCUCGGAGAACGACUGUCGCAUCAACCAGCGCGAAGUGUUCUGGGCUGGCAACUGCUCGGAGGCCGCGUGUGGGGCGGCAGACUGCGAGCAGUGCACGCAGGAGGGCAAGUGCAUGUGGACUCGCCAGUUCAAGCGCACCGGGGAGACCCGCCGCAUUCUCUCCGUGCAGCCCACCUACGACUGGACCUGUUUCAGCCAUUCGCUGCUCAACGUGUCCCCGAUGCCCGUGGAGUCGUCGCCCCCCAUGCCCUGUCCCACACCCUGCCACCGCCUCGCCAACUGCUCUUCUUGCCUCGACUCCAAGGGCGCCGAUGGGGGCUGGCAGCACUGCGUCUGGAGUAGCAGCCUCCAGCAGUGUCUGAGCCCGUCUUUUCUGCCCCUGCGCUGCCUGGCAGGGGGCUGCGGGCGGCUGUUGCGAGGGGCAGAGAGCUGCUCUCUGGGCUGUGGCAAUGCCCCACAGUGUGCCCUGUGCCUCCGACGUCCACAUUGCGGCUGGUGUGCCAAGGGAGACCCUGGCCAGGAUGGGGCAGGGCUGUGUAUGGAGGGUGGCCUCAGCGGGCCCCGAAAUGGGCUGACCUGCGGGCAUGGAGAUCCUCGAGCCUCCUGGGCCUUCCUGUCCUGUCCUCCUGAGAAUGAGUGUGUCAAUGGACACCACGACUGUAAUGAGACCCAGAACUGUCAUGACCGUCCUCAUGGCUACGAGUGUACCUGCAAGACUGGCUACACCAUGGACCAUGCACGGGGUCAGUGCCGCCCAGUCUGUGCCCAAGGCUGCGUGAACGGCUCCUGCGUGGAGCCUGACCACUGUCUCUGCCACUUUGGUUUUGUCGGCCGUAACUGUUCGACUGAGUGUCGUUGCAACAGGCACAGUAACUGUGAUGGUGUGGGGGCCCGGGACCGCUGCCUUGAGUGCCAUAACAACACUGCGGGUCCCCACUGCGAACGUUGUCGGCCACUGUUUGUGGGCUCAGCCCUGGGAGGCGGGACCUGCCGCCCCUGCCGAGCUUUCUGCAGAGGGAACAGUGACAUCUGUGUCUCUGAGAAAGAGUUAGAGAUGUCCCGUGAUGAUCCGGAGGCGUACCCCCUGGACCCUGAAGAGAUUGAGAAAUGGGUGUCUGAGGGGCCGAGCGAGGAUGAGGCUGUGUGUGUGAACUGUCAAAACAACAGCUACGGGGACAAGUGUCAGCGCUGCCUGGAAGGCUACUUCCUCCUGGAUGGCCGGUGCACCAAGUGUCAGUGUAAUGGCCAUGCAGACACCUGUAAUGAAGAUGGGACAGGCUGCCCCUGCCAGAAUAACACGGAGACAGGCACCUGCCAGGGGAGCUCUCCCAGUGACCGCCGAGACUGCUAUAAGUACCAGUGUGCCAAGUGCCGGGAGUCUUUUCACGGCAGCCCCCUCGGGGGCCAGCAGUGCUACCGGCUGAUCUCCGUGGAACAGGAGUGUUGCCUGGACCCCACCUCCCAGACCAAUUGCUUCCAUGAGCCCAAGCGCCGGGCCCUAGGCCCGGGGCGCACCGUGCUCUUUGGGGUUCAGCCAAAGUUCACUAAUGUGGAUAUCCGCCUGACACUGGAUGUGACAUUUGGUGCCGUCGACCUCUAUGUCUCCACGUCUUAUGACACCUUUGUGGUCCGCGUGGACCCAGACACUGGAGUCCAUUCUGUCCACAUCCAGCCCCCUCCUCCAGCCCCACCACCUGUGGCUGCAGAGGCUGGGCUGCGAGCAGGUGAGGUGGGUGCUGGAGGGCCUGGUCUGCCCCCCGAGCCUCGGAUCCGGGAGGUGCGUCCACGGGGGCUCAUCACUUAUGUGACUGUGAUUGAGCCUGCUGCCGUGCUGGUGGUGCGCGGGGUACGGGACCGGCUCGUCAUCACCUACCCUCAUGAGCAGCAUGCCCUCAAGUCCAGCCGCUUCUACUUGCUCCUGCUGGGUGUUGGGGACCCCACAGCACCUGGUGCGAAUGGCUCCGCAGACUCCCAGGGCCUCCUCUUCUUCCGCCAAGACCAGGCACACAUCGACCUUUUUGUCUUCUUCUCUGUCUUCUUCUCCUGCUUUUUCCUCUUCCUUUCACUCUGUGUCCUGCUCUGGAAGGCCAAGCAGGCCCUGGACCAGCGGCGCGAGCAACGGCGACAUCUGCAGGAGAUGACCAAGAUGGCCAGCCGCCCUUUUGCCAAGGUCACAGUCUGCUUCCCGCCUGACCCGGCUGUUAGUGUCCCCUGGAAAACGAGUGGAAUGGGCCUCCCACCUCCUGCCUUCCGCCGCUCGGAGCCUUUCCUGGCUCCACUUUUACUGACCGGGAGUGGGGGGCCUUGGGGAUCUGGCAGUGGGGGCUGCUGCCCUGUGGCCCUGAGGGCCGGGCCCAUCACACUGGAGCCCACAGAGGACGGCAUGGCGGGGGUCGCCACGCUCCUGCUGCAGCUGCCUGGUGGCAUCUACACCCCUAACCGGGCCUGCCUGGGCUCCGCCCUGGUCACCCUGCGGCACCGGCUGCAGGAGUACUGUGGAGGUGGCAGUGGACCUGGGGCCAGUGGGCACGGGGCAGGGGGUGGGAGGAAGGGACUGCUGACUCAUGACAACCUCACCAGUAUGUCUCUCUGAGAGCCUGGGGGUGGGGAGGGUCACCCAGUCCCUGUUCCCUGCCUCUCAGACCCCAUGCUCCCAGCCCAUCCCGAGUGGCCAGGCAUUCCAUAGGCCCCCCGGCUCAUCUUUGGUUUGGCGAUGCCCUUCUGUCAGCCCCUUGUUUGGACUCUGGACUGUACUGUGUCAGGCCUUUCUGAGGAGCCACCCCCUGGGCUCCAGGCCAGGUUUCCUCUCUCAAGGCAGACCCCCCUCCCACCCUCCACCCAACAAUUUGAGUCCAUCACCUCUGAGUCCCCCCACCCUUCCUCCCCAAAGGAGCUGCUCCAUAGUGGACCCAUGGCCUCCCUGGGGUCUCCCAAGCCACUGCUUCCUGGACACUGGACCUCCUUGGUUCCAUUGGAAGCCCCUCGGCUUUCUGUGAUGAAAUACUGUUUCAGACUUGGAAGAGUCCCUGUGAACGUUUAGUCCAAGUACCUGAAACCCCGCCCCAGUGUGGGGACCUCACUACCUCUUGAGGCAGGCCAUUCCAGGUGGCAGGAUUUUCCUGACAUUAAACCUCGUUUGCCCCUUUGUAUCUCCACCUGUCACUCCUGGUCCUGCCCUCUCUGGCCCAGAGGGACUCCUGUUGUCCCUCUGCUGCAGGACAGCCCUGCAGGUAGAUUGAAAUAGUGCUUGUGGGUAUCCUCUGGAGAGCUGUCCCUUCAGCCUGUCCUCUCCAUUCGGGUCACUCUCUUUAUCCAUCUGCUUCCUGAGAUGUGUGCAGGGCCAAAGCUCGUAACCUAGGGUGGCCCUACCCCAGUGCUCCUCCCUAGCAGGGCGGAAGCCCGCGCUCCAGGGUGGCCCCCCCGCCCAGCGCUCCCCCUCCAUGGUCCAAGCGGCACAGCCCAAGGUGGGGGGAGCCACAUCACAGCCUUGACUCUUGCUGAGCUUGCCAACCUGGCUGGGCCUCCAUUCACCUUGUGAAGUUGUCUUUCUGAGGCCAGGUGUUGGCUCAGUGACACAGCUCCUGUGGAGGCCUUGGGGAUCUGUUGUCUAGCCUGUAGUGAGAGAUCCCCCCCAGCUGCCGCUCGUAGGUUCGGGGAUGGUGUCAUUCAUGAUUCAUCCAAGUCAUCACUCAAAAUGGUCAGUGGCCUGGGGCCAGCCCCAGGCUCCAGGGGCUACUCCUGGGCUCCAGAGGUCCACAUCUCUGCAGGGGGAUUAGCCCCCUCUGCCUCUCCCCACCCCCUUGCUGGGUUCCCAGCCAGCAAACCCAUCUCUUCUGUGGGGAACCUUCUGAGUUAAGGCGAACUGGCCAGUGAAUUCACUGCCCUGGUGGUCUCCAGUUGGAGGCUGGAUGACCAAGGAAAGGCCUUUGAAGCCCCUUUCCAGUCCUUAGGUUUCCUGAUCAGUGACCCUUCCAGUCCUGCAGCUGCCCAAAUGGCAGUUGAGGUGAUCCUCGGAAAGCACUUAGCACAUAAGCAGGAGCCGCAGAAAUGCUCCUUCCUGCCCUUCCUAACCGGUGACUUCAGUGAGCUCCUGACCCCUCUGGUCUCUGUUUCUCUUGACUCAGGACUCCAGGACCCACCUCUUUUCUCUCCUUCCUACUUCUGAACCCCUCACCCUUUCUCAUUCCCUAGAGCUGCCUGCCCCCCAGCCCCCCCCACCCCAGGUCAGAAGAUUUAGACAGCCUCACUCUUGUGGGCAGGAAGGUCACUGGACUGCAUGUAUGGGAGAAGGAAACCUAAAAUCGCCAAAUAAAAUGUUACCAGGGGA